GUGAGUACGCGGAAAGUCUGUGGGAGGGAUAGCCAUUUUGUCCGGAGUCUCCCAGCGAGGCCGGAGAGGAGGGGCUCAGAGAAGGUGGGAAGAGGCCGGGACAAGCAGGCGGCACUUAGCGAGCCGAGAAGCGCACUGAGCUGGGUGUGGGGCCGCCGGCUUUCUUUCUCUUUUCCCCUGUGUGUGCGUGUGCUUCACCCGGUGCUGGGGGCACCCUCCGGCCGGACAGUCUCCCGUCCCGUCCCCGCUGGGCCUCCCCGCCCCCCCGUGUAUGAGGAGCCGGCCGAGCCGAGGCCGCAGCCCCAGGCGGAGGGAGUGAGACGGAAACAGUGCCCAUGGCGAAAAAGACGUACGACCUGCUCUUCAAGCUGCUGCUGAUCGGGGACUCCGGGGUGGGCAAGACCUGCGUGCUCUUCCGCUUCUCGGACGAUGCCUUCAACACCACCUUCAUCUCUACCAUCGGAAUAGACUUCAAGAUCAAAACCGUGGAAUUACAAGGAAAAAAGAUCAAGUUACAGAUAUGGGACACAGCAGGCCAGGAGCGGUUCCACACCAUCACAACCUCGUACUACAGGGGAGCCAUGGGCAUCAUGCUUGUGUAUGACAUUACCAAUGCCAAAAGCUUUGAAAACAUCAGCAAGUGGCUCAGAAACAUAGAUGAGCACGCCAACGAGGAUGUGGAGCGGAUGCUGUUAGGAAACAAGUGCGACAUGGAAGAUAAGCGAGUGGUGCCCAAAGCAAAGGGAGAGCAGAUUGCUCGGGAACACGGAAUUAGGUUUUUUGAGACUAGCGCGAAAGCAAAUGUAAACAUUGAGAAGGCAUUCCUCACGUUAGCAGAAGACAUACUACGAAAGACUCCCGUUAAAGAGCCCAACAGUGAAAAUGUAGAUAUCAGCAGCGGCGGAGGGGUCACGGGCUGGAAGAGCAAAUGUUGUUGAGCGUCUCUGGUUGCGACUUUCACCAUCCACCGCCCCUUACACCUCCCCCUCGCAACAUAAACCACUCCCCCCACCCCCUCUCCCCUCCCCCGUCCAUUUUAACCUUAAUAUGAAUGUUUCCUGACCUCCUUCUCUCAUAUUAACACAUUAUAUCCCAUCGCCUCUUCCAUUUAAAGAAAUGCUUGCUGGGAUCUUUUUUUUUUCCUCAAGGCAAAAAUGUAUAGAAAGUGGGAAAAAGACCCCCCAACACACACACACACACACGGAGUAAAUAAAUCAUGUUUGUGACAUUCUCGCGUUACCAUGACCCCCCCGGUCACUACAUUUUGGUUGUAUCGCUGUAACCCAGUCCUGCCAUUACUAACAUGGGAAGUCACGCGGAUCCCUUCGGCCAUCCUUACAGUUCUGUUCUGGGGGGAAAUAAGAGCCCUGUACAACAAUAAAAGUUAGAAUGAAUCCUUUCUUUUGUAUCCAUAACAGGAA